CGGAUAACAGUAAAGCGCAUGCUCCUUGUGCUGUAUAGUUUUAAAAAUGGCGGCGGCAAAGAAGAAAGUUGCUGCUGGUGAUGGUUUGAGAAAAGCUCUCUUCCAGUCACCGAUGACAGAGGAAGAGAACGCUACGGAUAAAACUACCGAGGCUCUAUUGAACAAGUUGCAAGUAGAAAUUGAGGUGGACAACAACCUGACAUCACUAGACAAAGAAAUGCAUGAGCAAAGGUUAUCAAAGCUACGUAAGGAGCUUGAUCACAACAGUCAGGAUGAGUGGAAAUACAAACCAAUUGAGCAAAUCAUUAGAUUCUGAGAAGAAGAAUAGCAUUCUCCUUGUAUAUAAAGGACAGCAUGAGGAUGACAAGGAUAAAGAAGAAGGAAGUGGAUUAGGAAUGUGAAGCAAAUCAGAUUCGUACAAGUGUACCGUCUCCUCAGAGGGGUGACUUAGGAAAGUGGUAGACAAUAUCUUCUCUCUACAUAGAGUAGGUGCAUACAUAGGGGGUAUGAAGGCUGCCAAAAAGUUGGUCAUUUCUUAUAGAAGGAUCAUCAACCAUGUGCAUACAUAGGGGGUGUGCAAGCUGCCAAAAAGUUGGUCAUUUCUUAUAGAAGGAUCAUCAACCAUGUGCAUACAUAGGGGGUAUGAAGGCUGCCAAAAAGUUGGUCAUUUCUUAUAGAAGGAUCAUCAACCAUGUGCAUACAUAGGGGGUAUGAAGGCUGCCAAAAAGUUGGUCAUUUCUUAUAGAAGGAUCAUCAACCAUGUUCAUACAUAGGGGGUGUGCAAGCUGCCAAAAAGUUGGUCAUUUCUUAUAGAAGGAUCAUCAACCAUGUGCAUACAUAGGGGGUGUGCAGGCUGCCAAAAAGUUGGUCAUUUCUUAUAGAAGGAUCAUCAACCAACCACAGACAAAAAAGUUGUAUGCCUCCAUACUCUUCCAGGCUUUCAUCUGUUUGGCCGUGUAGAAUGAUGUCUGGACAAAGAGGUAGUUCGAGAUAUCAGGGAACUUGACUUUGGGGAAUUUAUCUAAAACCAUCGCACAAUCUUUCUUCUUUAAUGUGUAGGGGUCGAUCCCUUGACACAAUACAACUUUUUCUACAGUAUUGUUCCUUCACAUUUGGCUCUAAGCUUUCAGCAUACUCUGAGAGAAUCAAAUUGUGUGCUUGCACAACGGCGGCCAUGUUGGUUUGUUUGACCACUGCGCAUAAACCGGAAGUGAACGCACACAAAAAAGUCACGUGACUGAAUCUCAACAAAUCCUUGGUAUGACCCUGUAGAGGUGACAUUACUUAAGUAACACACACGAUGAGAGAGAAGGUCUGAAUAUGUAGAUCCAAAGAGCAGUGGCAAUGAGAAAAGAAAAAGAAUAUCAUCAAGAGGUUUUUUUAUGACCAUGACGGGCAUUUGAAAUGUUUUUGGUGUCUCAUGGCAUAUACUUGAAAAUAAAUAUUUUGGGAUUGUUUUUUGUGAAUAUUGUAAAUAUGGAUACAGUUUGUGUACAAUAAUUUUUGAACAUUUUCAAUUUCUUACCUUUCGUGCUUCUUUAUUUCAAUACAUUUUGUGAAUAUUUGUUAAGUUUCUAAUUUGUGUGGUGUACAAGCACCAGUUAAAAAAAAGUCAUCAACAAUUUUUUUAUUCUUCCAUCAUUCUAUAAUAUUCAAACUUGAAACAAUAGAGCUGAAAAAAGUGUUAAUGAACAAAAAAUAAAUAGGCUCGAUCUUCUUUUGUGAUAACGAGUCUUAAGACGUAGGAAAUGUGGGAAUAACCUCUAAAGUAUCUCAGGACGUGAUUAGAGUUAGUUUCCUCCACAGCCACAGUGGGGCCUAGGUCAUUGAAUGCCCCCACCCUCUCCCCUUCAACUAGAUAAGUGUGAUGUGAAGUGAUAUUAAUAAACUGUAAAUACAGCACAUAUGUUGCAUAUAAUAAAGUUAAAAGCCAUACAAAA